AUGCCCAGGGAAAUCAUCACAAUCCAGGCCGGCCAGUGCGGUAACAGCAUUGGCAGCCAAUUCUGGCAGCAACUAUGCCAGGAACACGGCAUUAACCAAGAUGGCAACCUAGAAGACUUUGCGACAGAAGGCGGUGACCGCAAAGAUGUCUUCUACUACCAGAGCGACGACACGAGAUACAUCCCCAGAGCAGUCCUGAUCGAUCUCGAGCCAAGAGUCCUCAAUAGCAUCCAGACCGGCCCAUAUAAGAACAUUUAUAAUCCAGAGAACUUCUUCAUUGGAAAGAGCGGCAUAGGAGCCGGCAACAAUUGGGGUGAUGGUUAUCAAACGGGCGAGUCGGUGCACGAAGAGAUUAUGGAGAUGAUUGACAGAGAGGCAGACGGAAGUGACUCGCUAGAGGGCUUCAUGCUGCUUCACUCGAUAGCUGGUGGUACUGGAUCAGGUCUCGGCUCUUUCUUGCUCGAAAGAAUGAACGACAGAUUCCCGAAGAAAAUCAUACAGACCUAUUCGGUCUUUCCCGACACUACAAACUCCGGCGACGUUGUUGUACACCCGUAUAACAGUCUUUUGUCUAUGCGAAGGCUUACCCAGAAUGCCGACUCGGUGGUAGUACUAGAUAAUGGGGCUCUAUCAUCCAUUGCAGCAGACCGACUACAUGUACAAGAACCCUCCUUCCAACAAACGAACCAAUUAGUUUCGACUGUCAUGUCAGCAAGCACAACCACACUGCGAUAUCCGGGCUACAUGCACAAUGACUUGGUCAGCAUAUUGGCGUCUUUGAUCCCAACACCAAGGUGCCACUUCCUCAUGACGGCCUACACGCCAUUUACCGGAGAUCAAGUCGAACAAGCCAAGACGGUACGAAAGACCACAGUCUUGGAUGUCAUGAGAAGACUACUCCAGCCAAAGAACCGCAUGGUGUCAACGGUGCCCGGGAAGAAGAGCUGCUACAUUUCAAUUCUGAACGUCAUUCAAGGCGAGGUUGACCCAACAGAUGUACACAAGAGUCUUUUGCGCAUCAGGGAGCGAAGAUUGGCAACCUUUAUCCCCUGGGGUCCAGCUAGCAUCCAGGUGGCAUUGACAAAAAGAAGUCCCUACGUGCCCAUGAGCCACCGUGUCAGUGGUCUCAUGCUGGCAAACCACACCAGUAUUGCCACACUUUUCAAACGCAUUGUCCGUCAAUACGAUGGAAUGCGCAAGCGAAAUGCAUUCAUGGAGGGCUACAAGAAGACGGCACCAUUCUCUGAAAGUUUGGCUGAAUUCGAUGAAGCCAGACAGGUUGUAACGGACUUGAUUUCCGAGUAUGAAGCAGCCGAGGAUGCCAAUUACCUAAACCCGGACGAACCAGCCACCUCGGCUGAGUCGGACAAACGGCUAGGCUGA